AUGCAGAACGCCAUCACACCUGAAUACAUUCAAAUAGGUAACAUCAACCCGAAAAGGUCCAGCGCUGAUACCAAGAGGUUGUGAGUGCUAUGUACCCCCUGGCGAUGUCGUCUCAGGCCACGCUUCAGCACUCCCCGCGGCCUCCCACAGCCGCCAGGACGUCCUUUUCUCCCCCUAACGCGCAAUCGUUCACGCAACAUACCUGAUCUAAUCUUCAAGCCGCCCAACCCCCUCGCCGUCCACCUUACCGCCUCCUUCAGCAGCCCCCUCGGCCGCCAAAUCACGGAGUGGAUGGACUCCAUUCCUAACGCCGGACUCCUCUACUUUCGCGGCGUGCUAGGAUCUGAGGAUCUCGUGGUGACCGCCGCAGAAGGUCUGCGCGACGUCCUGUUUGCCCACGCCUACAACUGUGAGAAGACGCGCGGGUUUAGGCGGUAUGCAAAGCGAAUUCUGGCGGUAGGACUCGUGGUGCAGGAGGGCGAGGCGCAUCAGGUAAGGAGGAGGGCGGUGGGGCCUGCAUUUCAGGCGAGGAACGUGGAUGGGCUUCAAUCAUUGCUGUGUGCGAGGUCGCAGCGCUUGGGAAGUGUAUUGCAAAGUCACGUGAGGGGUGGCGAGGUGGUCGCCGAUAUAUGCGACUGGGCGACUGGGUUUACGCCGGAUAUUGCGUGCGUUGUUGGCUUUGGAGAAGCUUUUGGUUUGAUUGAGAGUGGGACGUUCAUCCCAUGUACGAUUAUUUUUGCUGAUUUGAAUGAGAAGAUGGGACACUACGCGUGGCAUAAUUCUGCGCCUGACUGGUUGAGUAGGAUGUUUCCGCAUAAGCUUGAUAAAGAGAUGGAUGAAGCGGGUUGUGUUAUUCGAGACCUCACACUCAGUGCCGUUGAGAGACGCAUGAGUCUAAUAGUGAAGGGUGAAGAAGCGCCUCAGGACUUUCUCACUGAGGGUGUUCGUCCGGAGAAGUGUGAUGCUCAGGAGCGUGCGGAUGACCUGGUCAUCCUCAUGGCAGCGGCCCACGAAUGCGCCGCAGCACACAUAGCAAUGACCAUUAACCUCCUCAGCUAACAUCCGUCUCUCCAAACCACCUUGCGAGAAGAGCUGGCAGCGUUCAGCCUCCGCGCGGGUCAAGAUCGCUCAUUACCCAAGGCAAAGUACGAGAGGAUGACAAUGCUAAAUGCAAUACUAUGAGACGAUGCGGCUCGAGCCACCAUUGCCGCUCACGUUACGCAAAACGGUCCGCGACACAACAGUUGGAUCACACGCCGUCAAAGCUGGUACCUACGUCGUAAUAUCGCCCUACGCCAUGGGACGAUCACAGGCGAUAUGGGGUCGGUCACCAUCCAAAUUCGAUCCUUAUCGAUGGAUC